AUGGGGAUCCUUUGCAUCACAGUUGUCUUUGUUCGGCUAGGCGACGACGAAGCACCCAAGGUCGUGUUGAAAAAGCCGCAGUGGCAGUACUUGGACACCCCCAUCGGCCGCCUAGCCCGCACCCUGACCAUGUACUCGACGGCCAGCAGCACAUCGACCGCGAAGCAAGCUGCGCG